AUGAGGAGUACACGAUCAAGUUCAUUCAAUUCAAAGUUCAGGAACACAGCAGAAAUGGCCUUGAAUCUUGAAGAUAACAACGAUGAUUCUGUUGUUGAACCUGAAGGACAACUAAGCUACUCUCUUUUAGAUGUGUAUGAUGCAGAUAGUAAAAGACUUGUCCUACAGAACUCUUUUAUCGAGAUAACAGAACAAACCGUGCAUGAUAUGAUGGGGUUGCCAAUUGGUGGAGAAGACAUCAAUGAGUUACCAUUGUGUGAUAAGGGAAAUGAAAUUCUGGAAUAA